UCCCUCUCUGUCUCUGUAGAUUUUUUUUGUUUCCGACAGAAGUGUGUUUCUCUUGCUCUGUCUCUCUAGUCUUUGAUCACGUGGGAUCUAAUUUUUGUUUUUAUCAGUUGCUGUAUCCAUCCACAAGUCUUUUUCCCAAUUUGGAAUACUUAUUGUAAUAGCGUCAAAUCUUGAUUCCGAAUCUAUGUAGCUGCCUAAUACAAUUGUUUACGUUCAUUGGGUUUGUUUUAAUGAGAUAAAAGUCGAAGUUGGAGAAAUAACAGAUUAGUGUAAUACCAAUUGUUUUUGAAUUGGAAAUUGAUGAAACUUAACAGGUUGAAUAAUUGGUUAGUUCAUGUUCCUGAGUUUCACAUUUCCAUUUUUUUUGGUAUGUUUCAUAUUCAAAAGUUAUAAAGUUUGGGCAUGUAAUGUCUUUGAUUAGGCUCUAUGUGUGAUCUCACUAUUUUCUUUUGAGCUUAUAAUUGACAUUGUGGCUAUUGCAUUGCUUUACUAGCUUUCGGUUGGCACUGAGUAACAUUUGAUUCACAUUGCUACAGUUCUGUUAUCUCUAACAGAUAUGGAAGUUUGUGGGGACUCUGAUAACUUAAAGAACCGCCCCUUGACUCCACUUAGGAUCCUAAGAGGUCUCAUCAUCCUACUCAUCUACCUCUCAACUGCCUUCAUGUUCCUCGUCUACUUCUCCCCCAUCUUCGCUCUAGCCUUACGUCUCCUUAGCGUACACCAAUCCAGGAAAGCCAUCUCCUUAAUCUUCGGUCACUGGCUAGCUCUCUGGCCUUACCUCUUCGAAACAGUCAACGGAACAUCCAUGGUCUUCUCCGGAGACACCCUUCCCGUAGAGAAACGCGUCCUCCUAAUCGCUAACCACAGGACGGAGGUGGACUGGAUGUAUCUCUGGAACAUCGCCUUGAGAAAAGGCUGUCUCGGCUACAUCAAGUACGUCCUCAAGAGCAGCUUGAUGAGGCUGCCUAUCUUCGGCUGGGGGUUUCAUAUCCUUGAGUUUAUCCCUGUGGAGAGGAACCGUGAGGUCGAUGAGCCUGUUAUGCUUCAAAUGCUUUCCACUUUUAAAGAUCCUCAAGAGCCCUUGUGGCUCGCUCUAUUCCCUGAAGGAACAGACUUCAAUGAAGAGAAGUGUAAGAGAAGCCAAAAGUUUGCAGCUGAGGUUGGUCUUCCAGCGUUAUCAAACGUACUUUUACCAAAAACAAGAGGCUUUAGCGUUUGCUUUGAAGCUCUACAUAACUCUUUGGAUGCAGUAUAUGAUUUGACUAUUGCAUACAAGCCUCGUUGCCCAUCUUUCAUGGACAAUGUAUUUGGGACUGAUCCUUCAGAAGUUCAUAUCCACGUUAGGCGAGUUUUAGCUAAGGAGAUUCCGGCAAAUGAUGCAGAGUGUUCUGCUUGGUUAAUGGAUUCGUUUCAGUUGAAGGACAAACUGUUAUCUGAUUUCAAUGCUCAGGGGCAGUUCCCAAAUCAAAGACAAGGAGGAGAAGAACUCUCUAUUGUGAAAUGCGUUGCAACUUUUGGAGUGGUGAUAUUUUUGACAGGGGUGUUUGUUUAUCUGACCUUGUAUUCACAUAGCUGUUUCAAAGUCUAUGUUGGUCUAAGCUUCGUGUAUUUGUCUUUUGCUACUUAUUACAAGUUUCGGCCCUCACCGUCUGUUGGCUGUUGUAGAGGUGGUUCUAGUAAAGAAGCAAAACAACACUAACUCCUGUUGUACAUUACAAUUUUUUCCUUACACAGAGAAACAAUAUAAACCGUUUACAGGCAGAAAAGAUUUCAAAGCUGCCUUUUUCAUUGUUAA